AUGACAGAAAUCCAUGGCUCUUGCGAUCCCGCCUUUGAAUCCGUGCGCGGUCUUUUGCAGCAACAACUUGCCCAGGGAAACGAAGUUGGGGCGUCACUUUGUGUCAAUAUCGACGGGCAGAAUGUGGUCGAUCUCUGGGGUGGCCAUGCCGAUGCAGAAAAAUCGAAGCCGUGGGAGAAAAACACUCUCACUGGGAUCUUCUCUUCUACAAAGGCCGUCGUCAGCAUCGCCGCUCAUAUCCUUAUCGACCGAGGCCAAUUAGACCCGAAUGAGAGAGUCGCGACCUACUGGCCGGAAUUCGCAGCGAACGGCAAAGAGGACAUCAAAGUCUCACACAUCCUUAGCCAUUCUUCCGGGCUGCCAGCAUGGGACGGGGGGGAUCACGCCAGAAGAGAUGCAGGACCUGGCUCACAGAGCGCGUACCAAACAUCAACCUAUGGACAUUUGGUGGGCGAGCUUGUCCGCCGAAUCUCAGGCAAGUCACUCACUCAAUUUAUCGCUGACGAGAUCGCCGACCCUCUUGGGGCUGAUUUCCACCUCGGCAUUUCGGAGGAAGACUGGCCACGGACUGCCGACAUCGUACCAUUCCCAGCAGAGUAUGCCGCUGCCUUCAACUUUGAUCCUGAGAGCUUCCUGGGCAAAUCUGCCGCGGGCUCUGCCUUGCUGCCUUUGCUCCCCAACGAUCCCAAGUUCAGGAAAGCGGAAAAUGGGUCCUGGGGAGGAUUCUCGAACGCCCGUGCUCUAGCCCGGAUUGGAUCCAUUGUGUCGCUAGAUGGUACUGUUGACGGUAAGAAAUAUCUUAGCCCAGAGACUCUGGAUGCCGUUAUGAAAGAGCAGAUCCAGGGGAAUGACCCCAUACUCUUCGUCUACAUGCGCUAUGCACUUGGAUUCGGUCUGCCUCCUGGUAAAGACUUUCGUUCUGUCCCUGAAGGCGAUGGCAUUUGCUUUUGGGGUGGCUGGGGCGGCUCCUUGUUAGUCAUGGAUCGCCGCCGCCGGAUGACUAUUGCCUACAUGAUGAACAAGAUGGAGUUUCGCACUAUUGGAUGCGCCAGAGCUGAAGAGUACGUGCAGGACAUCUACAAGAAUUUUGACGCCAAGAAAUAG